UUGUGGACUUGGGUGGCUUCCUGGACACUCUCAUAGUCACUUAUGUCCCGUCUUCUCCAAGACCACUCCCUAAGUCCCAGUUCUCUCUCUGCUUGUCUGCACUGCACGUAUUUUGGUUGCAAACAGGAGAAUCCUCACAGGCUCCCACGAGAGGCUAAGCCCUGGGCAGGGCCACCUUUACCCAGCACAGUCCUAAAGGCAGAAUGAGGGGGGCUCCCUGCCUCCGGGCACUGCUCCUGCUGCUGCCAGGCGUGGCUGGGACACUGGAGUCUGCAGCCUGCGGGCAGCCUCGUGUGUCCAGUCGGAUCGUGGGGGGCCAGGACGCCCGGGCCGGAGAGUGGCCGUGGCAGGCGAGCAUCCAGCACCGCGGGGUGCACGUGUGUGGGGGCUCGCUCAUCGCCCCGCAGUGGGUCCUGACCGCGGGGCACUGCUUCCAGAGGCAGGCGCCAGUGUCCCAGUACCGCGUGCGCCUCGGGGCGCUCCGUCUGGGCCAGGCCUCGCCCCGCGCUCUCUCGGUGCCCGUGCAGAGGGUGCUGCUGCACCCCGACUACUCUGAGGACGGGGCCCGUGGAGACUUGGCAUUGCUCCAGCUGCGCCGCCCAGUGCUCCUGAGCUCCCGGGUCCAGCCGGUGUGCCUGCCGGAACCCGGGGCCCGCCCGCCCCCGGGUACUCCCUGCUGGGUCACUGGCUGGGGCAGCCUCUCCCCAGGAGUGUCACUUCCAGAGUGGCGACCUCUUCAGGGAGUAAGAGUGCCAUUGCUGGAUGCGGGCACCUGUGACCACCUCUACCAUGUAGGCACCAAGGUGCCCCGUGCUGAGCAAAUAGUGUUACCAGGGAACCUGUGCGCUGGCUACACCCAGGGCCACAAGGAUGCCUGCCAGGGUGAUUCUGGGGGACCCCUGACCUGCUUGAAGUCUGGGCGCUGGGUCCUGGUGGGCGUGGUGAGCUGGGGCAAGGGCUGUGCUCUGCCCUACCGUCCAGGUGUCUAUACCAAUGUCGCCAUGUACAGCCGCUGGAUUCAGGCUCGCCUCGGCCACUGCUGUGGUGACUGACCUGGGUUCCUCAGCUACUUGGUCCCUCUGGGGACCUGUACAUCCCCCAACCCUACCAUUUCUCCCUUUGAGGCUCAGAGGCCUGAUAAAGCUAAGGAGCCAUCUCGCCAUCCAUCUGUCCAUCCCCUGCCUUCCUUGGGGCUCACCAAACCUGAGCUGCCAGCCCCGCUCAGGAGCCUCCCAUCUGUGGGGGUCUCCCACUCCUGCCUUCCCUUCCUGCUCGUUUAGCCUCCUCAGCUCCAGCCAGGCCUGGGCCUGGGCACCCGGAGACGGUAAGUGGCAUUCCCGGUUGGGCUUGUGUGCCCCUCUCUCUGGAGGAGGUCGGAGAGGUUCAAAGUGUAGAGGGAUUCAGCACCAAGAAGAUGGUUCUCCAUCGCUAGCUUGGAAGGUGGGUAGGGGGGUCACAUGGCAAGGAACGUCAAGCAGCCUCCAGGAGCUGAGGGCAGCCCUGGCUGACAGGCGUCAGGGAAAGAGACAUCUCAGCGCGCUGACCGAAAGGAACCGAAUCUGGACACGUUGACCAAGCAUGGAGGCGAAUUCUUCCCCAGCCUCCAAUGAGAGUCCACUAGGCCAAGCCCUUGAUUUGGGCCUGGUGAGACCCUGGGCAGAGAACCCAGCUGAGCCCAACCGGACUCCUGGCCCACAGA